CCGGGCAGGUAGUGUCCUGACAGCUUCAGAGCAGCUAGUUCCUCUCAUACUCGCCUUGCGGUCACACAAUACAGAACUUGCAACAGAGAGCAGCGAGAGGGGAGAACUGAAGCAUCAAAAUUUAGCAAACAUUUUUUUUUGACAUUUCUACUUCUACAUUAACAAAAAAAACAGACUAAACUAUAAAAAGAGAUUGUGAUAAAAGUUGAAAGUCUAGCAAGUGAAAACUUGAUCCAUAAAGAUGGAUUACUACCAAACAAUGAGAAAUGAUUAUGUUCACAAGGCGAUGUACCCUGAGGACCCUAUGCGUGUUGACUGGAUACCUAAGGGACCCCAGCAGGGGACACUCACCAUCAAACCUAAGGACAACUGCCCUCCAAGGUUUGUGACGAAGAUCGAAGGAGCAGCUGUCGAGGAAUCCGCCAAAGUUUUCUUCGAAGGAAUCGUCGAUGCGAAACCAAACCCAAAGUUUAAUUGGUUUUUUGAUGAUGAGCCGAUUAUACCAGGGCACAAGGGCUGGGAGGAUGCAGAGAUUCAUGACUCAAGAAAGAUGUCUACUCUGAUUCUGAAAUAUACAAGAGAGUAUCAUAUGGGCAAAUACACUCUUGUUGCCCAUAAUCAACUAGGAUCAGCUGAGUGUACUUGUGAUCUUAUUGUGAGAAAGAAGCAGUUUCCUCCUGUGUUUUGGCAAAGGCUGUAUAAUGUCAAUGGCGAAGGAAGUCGAAGGUUUGUCGGAGAGAUUGAGGUUGGUGGGUGGCCGGUUCCUGAGGUUUAUUGGUAUAAGGUUAUGGAGGAUGGUGAAGAAGUUGAAGUUACAACAAAGACACAUACAGAGAAUUGGAAUGGUUACCCUAAUAAAUAUGUUCCUGACAGCAGAAUUGAGGUUCGUCAAAUUGAUCAAAUUAGGCAUGUUAUCAUAUUCCACCAAGUUUCUGAGGGUGAUGGUGGUUUAUACCGAGUAAGAGCAGUAAAUGCACUUGGAGAAGCUGAGUGUGAAGCAGAAUUAUCCUUUGAUGGCUGUGGAGGAGGUGGGGAUGAUCUUUAUUUGCCACCACUUUGGAGGGAAAGAAAGCGUAUGACUUGGAAAGAUGAAGAUCAAAGAAAGAAGCCUUUUGUCAAUUUCAAUGAACCCCCCUUGACCCAGGAAGAACUUGCUGAAAUGAGAAAGAAGAGUGGUGGUGUUCCUCUAAAUAGAAUUAUGGAGUACCUGGCCUCACUCCCAGAUUAUCAUCCAUCUGACAAGUUUAGACAUAUGGAUAAGAUACCAUUUAAGCCUGGUGUUGAUGAACGAGACUACCGUCCAGAUAGAAAAGGUGGUAAAAGCAGUUACCCUUCAGUUUUUCAAAAGGGUAACAUCCAGCAUCAUGGCUACAAGAGUGAUGUUAGUGGACGUAUCCUCCCAGUUUGGCAAAAUAAAGCUGACCCAAGAUCAAGAGAUAGCUCUAAAUUUAAUUGGAAACCUGUUCAUCCUGAUCUGUAUGUUCCUGAUGUUCCUCCAAGAAGUAAGAGCCCUCCUGCUCCACCUGUUUGGGAACUAGAUGAAGAUAUUAAAAGAUUAGUGGAUUACUUAAAUAGUAUGGGUUGCAGAGUACCUUUUGUUCCUGUAAUUCAAAACAUAAAAAGUUCAAAUAGCAAGCAAAUUCAGAAUCAGUCAAAGCAAUUGGACAAGCAGAAUAAAACCUACACCAAUACUGUCUUUGAAUCACAGCAAAAAACAAAUCAGUAUUCAAAACAGAAUUCAAAGAUUGAAAAAUUCAGUUAUAUUAUGCCAAAUGAAAAACAAGAAGAACAUAUCAAAGACAACCAUAGAUUAGAUCAAAGUAAAAAUCAGCAGAACAUGUGGGAAGAAAGACUUAAUGCAAAUGUUGUAGGGGCCCAAACAAAUGCAACUGAUUUCACAUCUAAUUUCAUGUCCCAAUUGUAUGAGAAAAAAGACAAUCUAAGUUUUCCUGAAUUGGAACAAAUGGGCAAGGGAAGACCUGCAUUACCACCUAAAACCAAGAUUAUGAACUCUCCUUCCCGAACAAUAUUUAGCCCAACUGAAAGUAUUGAAAGCAAUGGCAUAGGAACAGCAUCAGUUAAAACUGUAGAAUUUCUACCUGUGAAAGAAAAGGUCAAACUAAUUGCUGCCCAGCAAGAAGAAUUAUGUAGAAAGGAAGAGGCUAGUGGUUCAAGUGGAACUGAGAAAAAGCACAAGGGUGUGCGAAUCCUACCCCCUUCUCCAGUGACUGUAAGGAAAAUGUCUGUAGAGGAUGAGUUGUACCAAUAUGAUCAAGUUGUUACAAGAUCAACCCCCGUUACUCAGGUAAUGGAAAAAAUGCAAAAUAAGCCAUUAAGUCCAGUUAUGUUCAAUAAAUCUUCAGUCAAGGGCAAACCAUUCAGUGACACAGAUUAUUCUACAUUGGAUUCUGGACUUUCCUGCUCUGUUUCAAACUACGAAACAAAUCAAGAAUCAAGACAUGCUCAUUAUUCAAGCCAAACAGUGAUCCAUCAGCAGGAAACAAGGCAAGAAAGUAUGCAGUCAAUUGAAGUCCCAGGCUGGUCUAACAAUAUUGAUAACUCAAACACAAUUAAACAAGAAUACUUAACAAAGUUUGCAGCUGAUAAGGAAAUUGACAUUGCACUGGAUCAAUUAAUAGCAGAUACUGAAUCUAUGGUGUCUAAUGACAGUAUGUUUACAGCAGAAACAUCAGUGCAACAGUAUCACACAUACACUUCUACUUCCGAAUCUCAAACAAUGUCAACAAACAGAAUGCAAUCACAGGUCCAGACCUUAACACAACAAGCUGUUCAAUCCAGAAAUAUGUAUGAGUCUUCAGCUGAGGAAUGCCGCAGGUCAUUUGAGGAGGCUGAACUUGAAGCAAUGGCUCUUGAAUCAGAAACAUCUCAAUCCAUCUCUAAACAAUCCUCUGUUGUUGAAUCUUCAUCUAGCAAAUCUUUUGUUAUUCAGCAGCAAAGCUCAAGUAAAAGUACAGAACUAGAGUCAGCUUUCCGAUCUAGGAUGCCUGUUAGAUCAAAAUCUUUUAUACGCACACCUGAUACUUUUACGCCUAUGGCAUUAGCAACGUCUGCUCCAAAUACUCCAAUGUCUCAAAGAAGGAGACUUCAAAUAAACCAAUCACCAAAACCAAAAGAUCCUGAUUCUAAAAUGAAAUACCGAGAAAGUCCCAAUGCUCCUUUCCAACCUGGGUUUUACAGACCACCCCCAGAAGACCCCCAGAAGUCUCAUGUGUUUCAGCUUCGCAGAAGAAGCUCGUCAAGAUCCAGAGCUAGCGAGAAUAGCCCCCAAGAGAGCAUCAGCAACCAAAUAAUUAGAGGUUCUCAAACCUCCUCAAAGGCUUAUGAAGGAGAUGAAAGUGAUUUUGAGAAGUAGGAAACAUGUUUAUUUGUCUGAACUUCAAGAAUUCCUGCUUUGAUCCAUGAAUCAUUGCCCUCUACACUCACAUAAUAUCCCUGUGAACGAUUUAUGCAAGAGAGUUUUUAGCAGAUCUGCACAAUAUUUCUUUUUUAUUUAAGCAUGUAUUUCAUUGUUUAAGUGUACAUGUACUAUUCAGUUUGAAUUUUUGUGUCCUGGGAAAAACAAGAUGUCACAUCUGUAAAUGAUGUUACUCAUUAUGCCAGCUUUUUCGGCCUCAACUUUUCCCUUUCUUGCUUCUGAAAUAAAGAAAGCAGAUACUAUGUUUUCUGUCAGUAAAUCAUUCCUUUUUUUCUAUCUAUUGAACAGCUUCCUGGUGUCAGCCUUCUGAAUAAAUUAAGCCUUGAAAUUCUGUUUCUCAAAGAAUUUAUAAAAAUUCAAACCUAAUGUUAGAAUUCAAUGUCAAGAAAGCAGAUAUACGAAGCUGUAAUAUGACCUUGGAAAUUCCUGAGAUUCAAGCAUCCCUAAUUGUUCGGUUAAAAGAUUUUCAAGGCAUAUAUAGCAUGACAGAAUGGGGGCAAUUAUUUUACAAAUGUGCUGAUGUGUGAAACUAUUGUUAAUUAUGCUCACAAAGAAUUGAAUAUUAACCUACUUGAAAAAUCUUUAUAAUUAUCUUGUACCUAUUUAGAUUUACUUGUAUACUAACAUCUCUAAACUUAGUAAGCAACCCAAAACUUUAAAAGAAACAUUUGUAUGAAAACAUACUGCCAUAUUGAUCACAAACAUUUCUUGAAUCCAUCGUUCAAUUAAAACAAACUAAUCCAGAUUUAUUUUGAGUCUUUUAAAGUAAAAGAUUUAGAAUUGAUUUAAGUUGUAAAGUUUCAAAAUGCUGGAUAUUCCAUUAGAACAGUGGAAACCCCAGUUUAAAUUAACAUUAUAAUGCCCAGUUAGAAUAAUUAAUGAGAAUAUAUAGUUUAAUUUAUCAUUUUUGAAUAAAAUUCUAAUGAAUAAUUGUGUUU